AUGGCCCUCUCCUCCCCCCGGACCCUGAGCCCGGAGCCCCUGGACAGCUCGGACCCGGAUCCAGCCGGGCAGCUGGAAGAGGAGCUGUGGCGGCCGCCCUUCGAGCAGCUGCCCUGUGGAAUCGCUGCCCCAGUCCUGGACCCAGAGACAGAGUGCAGCGUGGACAUCAUCCUGGUGGGCUCCAGCGAGCUGUCAUCACCUCCUUCGCCUGAGCCCCACAGAGAUCUGAUCGCAUAUGAGGUCAAAGUUAACCAGCGAGCCAUAGAAGACGUGUGCAUCUGCUGUGGAAGUUUCCAGGUGCAUACGCAGCACCCUCUGUUUGAGGGAGGGAUGUGCGCCCCAUGCAAGGACAAGUUCCUGGACUGCCUCUUCCUGUAUGAUGAUGAUGGGUACCAGUCCUACUGCUCGGUGUGCUCUUCGGGGGAGACGCUGCUCAUCUGUGAGAACCCUGACUGUACCCGGUGCUACUGUUUCGAGUGCGUGGACACCCUGGUGGGCCCCGGCACCUCGGGGAAAGUUCAGGCCAUGAGUUACUGGGUGUGCGUCCUGUGCCUGCCCUUCCCCGGCAGCGGGCUCCUGCAGCGGCGGAGAAAGUGGCGGGAGCGGCUCAAGGCCUUCUACGACCGGGAGUCGGAGAGUCCCCUCGAAAUGUAUAAAACCGUGCCUGUGUGGAAGAGAGAGCCAGUCCGGGUGCUGUCCCUUUUUGGGGACAUCGGGAAAGAGCUGACGAGUCUGGGAUUUUUGGAGAACGUCUCUGGCUCAGGAAGGCUGAGACACCUGGAUGAUGUUACCGACGUGGUGAGGAGGGACGUGGAAGAGUGGGGCCCGUUCGACCUCGUGUAUGGCUGCACGCCUCCCCUGGGCCAGACCUGUGACCAUCCCCCUGGGUGGUUCGUGUUCCAGUUCCACCGCGUCCUGCAGUACUCGAGGCCCCGGCCCCGCAGCGCACAGCCCUUCUUCUGGAUGUUUGUGGACAGCCUGCUGCUGACCGAGGACGACCGCGCCGUGGCCACACGCUUCCUGGAGGCAGACCCCGUGACCAUCCAGGACACCUGCGGCCGAGCCGCCCGGAACGCCGUCCACGUGUGGAGCAACAUCCCGGCUGUGAGGAGCAGGCAUUCGGCCCUGGUUUCCCGGGAGGAAUCAUCCCUGAUGGCUGAAGACAGGAAGAGAGUGACGGCCCCCGCCCUGCGGCCAGCCGCGCUGGUGAAAAGCUGUUUUCUCCCCCUGAGAGAAUAUUUCAAGUAUUCAACAGAACUCACUUCCUCUUUAUAA